AUGAAGCAGCUCAUCUCCCACCUUCUGGGCUUUUGCUGGCUCGUCUGCUUCACGGGGACUCAAUGUUUCACCAGCGAUGAUGACAUGUGUCAGUAUUCGACUACUUGUCCUUCUUUUGCAACCUGUGAAAACAUCACCACGGGCUACCACUGCACCUGCAAACGUGGGUAUAUAUCUAGUUCUUUGGAGGAACACUUCACUAAUCCAGCAGUGAAGUGCGUUGUCGACAGAUGUCAGGAUUCGUCUACUUGUCCUGCUUUUGCAACUUGUGAAAACGUUGCUGGGGGUUACCACUGCACCUGCAAACGUGGGUUUGCAUCUAGUUCUGGGAAGCAAAACUUCACUGAUCCAACAGUGAAGUGCAUUGAUGUUAAUGAAUGUUCUCAGGACCCACCAGUCUGUGGCCCUCACAACCAAUGCAACAACACCCGAGGGAGUUUCACCUGCCAAUGUUCUCCAGGUUAUUCUUCCCCCAGUGGGACCUCUUGGAAACCUGGUGACUCCCACACCUUGGACUGCACAGAAAAUCUCAUCAGCUGCCAGCCCAGGAUUCUGCAACGAGACGAUUUCAAAAGUCUGUGCGGCAACAGCACCCAGCACGGAAACCAACAAAACAACAGAUUUUGCACCUUCCUGAAUGAGACCUCAAAGACCCUGGAAUCUGCAUGCGGCAAUGGAAAUCAGUCAAUAUCGCUGAAGGAAGUCUCCACCUCUAUCGAUUUGCUUUUCUAUGCCACUGCCCAGCAGUCUAAUGGGAGCAAGGAGGAGGUCGCAUUGGUAGCCACUAUCUUUCUGCAGAGCGUAGAAUCAGCAGCUUUGGCAACUGCUCGGAAAAGCCCCGGGAACAAGACACAGACUAUCACGGGAGAGACAAUGACCAUCGUGGCCCAGCGGGUUACGGAUAACUGCAGUCGGGCAGGGAAGAUGAUCGAACUGAACGCUGAAAACGAGUUGAUGAGCAUUGACUGCAUGACAGUGGUUGGCGCCAGGGAACAAGGCUCCGGAGUCGUUGCCUUCAUAUCGUAUGCCACUCUCGAGUCCAUCCUGAACAAUAACUUUAUCGACCAGCAAAACCUGAGAGAGGAUGUCAAACUGGGUAGCACUAUGCUGAAUUCGAAGGUAGUGAGUGGGACCAUUGGGAAACCCGGACCCCUCUCCAAACCUUUCAACUUCACCCUGGAGCAUAAACAGAAAAAGGAAAUGGAAGACAAGAUUAUCUGUGUUUUCUGGAAUCUCACUGGUCCCUGGUUUACUGAAGGCUGCAGACUUCUCCGUGAAAACAGCACUCACACCACCUGCACCUGUAAUCACCUGUCCAGCUUUGCCAUCCUGAUGGCUUCACAUGCUAUCAAGGAGAGUUAUCCACUGACCAUCAUCACCUAUGUGGGACUGACCCUCUCCCUUCUCUGCCUCUUCCUUGCCAUCCUCACCUUCCUCCUGUGCCGCUCCAUCCGCAACAUCAGCACCUCCCUCCACCUGCAGCUCUGCCUCUGCCUCUUCCUGGCCGACCUGCUCUUCCUCACCACAGUGAACAGUGUCACCAAUGAGGUGGUGUGUGCUGUCAUUGCUGGCCUUCUACACUAUCUCUUCCUGGCCUGCUUCAGCUGGAUGUUACUAGAGGGGCUGCACCUCUUCCUCACCGUCAGGAACCUGAAGGUCGUGAAUUACACCAGUGCCAGCCAGUUCAAGAAGAGAUUCAUGUACCCGUUUGGCUAUGGAUUCCCAGCCCUGGUGGUGGCUAUUUCUGCAGCGGUGAAUCCUGGUGGCUACGGAACUUCCAAACACUGCUGGCUCACAAUAGAGGGAGGCUUCAUCUGGAGUUUCCUUGGACCGGUCUGCCUUAUUAUUGUGAUGAAUUUAACAUUUUUUAUCACAACCCUCUGGAUCCUGAGAGACAAAAUCUCCUCCCUCAAUGCAGAUGUCUCCACCCUCAAAAACACAAGCAAGCUCAAACCAUCUCUGACCGUGGAGGAAAACCGUGAGCUCCUUGGUCAGUGCUUCAAAAGUUUAUUUCCCCUUCCUCCCUUGGAGAAGAUGAAAGAGGAAGACGGGACAGCAAAGGAUGCUCUGCAUAUACAACUCCUCAGGAAAUGGUUCAGUUCGGGGAAGGAGUGGGAGAGAGAACGGGCCUUGCAGGCCAGCACCCAGCUGCAGACUGCCUAUCAAGAGGUAGUUCAUAGCACAGUGAGUAUAGCCUUACUCUUCCUUGAGCUGACUUCCCUGCUUACAUCAGAUCUGACACUCAACGCGAAUGCAUGA